AUGGAGGGGCGGGAUUCGCCUCCCAACGAUGACCCGCCUCCCCAUCCAAAUCCCUCCCCCGUCUCAAAGAACAAUAACAAUGACUCCACCGCUGCCAAUGAACCUCCCCUUCUACCACCGCCGCCGCCAAUUAAAGUUCAUUCAGAAACCUACAUUAUCCAAAUCCCAAAAGAAAUCAUAUAUCGAGUUCCUCCACCGGAAAAUGCUGCCAUUGUCGAACAAUUUCGCACCCCGGUUAAGAAGGAUAGGUCACAUUGCAAGCGCAUCGUGUGGAUUAUUGUAGCAUUGGCUCUAAUUGCUCUUGUAAUUGGGGUAACCAUGGCCGUAUUGCACCAUAUUUUUAGCCCUCAAGUUCCUUCUUUUUCAAUUGAUAAGGUUGUUCUCAAAACCCUAAAAUCUUCCAGUCAUCAGAGGUCAAAUUUUGGAUUUGAAGUCACACUCAAAGCCAAAAAUCCAAAUGAAAGAAUGGACAUCUCUUAUGAUACUGGAGAUGUCUUGCUUCUUCUUAAAGAACACAAGUUCGCAACGGGGGAAAUGCCCGAAUUGCACCAAGACGAAGGUGGUUCAAGCGACGUUCGUAUAGGGCUAAAGGGUUCGAGUGCAACAUUGCCUAAAGAGAUUGAGAAGGCCAAAGAUCAUCCGGUGUCAUUAACGUUAAAAAUGCAUGUCAAGGUGAAAUUUGAUGCUCCCAUACUCAAUAUUGGGAGCAAGGACAUGGAUGUGGAUGGGCUUUAUAUUUUAUUCCUGGGCCCAAAUUUCACUUCAGUGAUUUGGGGUACAGAUGAUCCAAUUGCUAUUGAGCAGGCCCAGAUCUUACAAGAGAGAUUUGGGUCUGGGCUAGCUAUCCAUGCAUUCCUCCCUCCCAUUAAAUCUACAUCAUAA